AUGCAGGAUGUCAAGGGGGCAAUCCAAAGGCCAAGGCAAAGGAAGAUGCCAAAAUCUUCCUUCUCUCUGAGGGAUGGUGCGGACCUAGAUGCCCUCAGUGACUGCCCAGAUGUGGCAGUGAUGCCACCACUAUCACCAUCACCACUACCAUCAUCACCAUCACCGUCAGGGAGGGCCAUCCCUGCACCAUCCCUGCAGGUUCUGGGGCGAGGCCUGGCUGUGGCGCCCCUUCCUGUCCCUGUGUUCUUGGUGAUGAUGCCGCUUAGCUGCCGGACUCCAGCACUGAGCCUGGGAAGCCCCCCCAAAAGCGGCUGGUGGGAGGAAGGGGGAAGGCUUGGGCCUGGGUACCCAGAUGUAGUCAAGGACUCCCUGACCUGCUCGGUGCUACAAGGGUUGCUGCCUGUGCUGGGCAUGUGGCCAGGGGGCAUCCUCGUGGUGGCCUGCCAGGACCCUGAUGGCUUCCUGAGCUUUGUGGAGAAGCCCCCUGAGGCCCCCUUCCCAGUCAUCCCCACUUCCCUGGAGUUCCCUGCUGAUGUUACUCCAUGUGGUCUUGGAACCCCGUGGAAGAUCAUGGCCCACGGCUUCCUUCAACAGGGAUCUGGGUCCCACACUGGAACUACUCAGCCCCAGCGGCAGGUGGGCAGCGUGGUCCUGCUGAGUCCUGCGCAGAUCCACCCCGAGCUCCUCUGCUGGCUCAGGUCUGGGUCUGGGCUGCAGCUCAGGCAGGCAAAGGAGCAAAGCCGGCUGCGGCACCUGGUGCGCUCCUGA